CAAUAUGAAAAAGGAGAGUUGCUUUUUCCCUAUCCCUCAAGCAGCUGAGUGCAUAAUGCGAGUGAUCGAGAGAGCGAAUGCCCCUGUAAUUUAUCUGUCCACUGAUGCAGCUCAUAGUGAAACAAAUCUUCUCCAAUCUUUCCUGAUUUUAAAUGGCAGGACGGUACCACUUGUUAGAAGGCCGGACCACAGUUAUGCCGAAAAAUGGGAUGCGUUGCUGUACAGAAACCAUAUAGGUGGAGACAUUCAGGUGGAGGCCAUGCUGGAUAAGACGAUCUGUGCAUUGUCAAAUGUCUUCGUAGGAUCUGCAGGCUCGACAUUCACCGAGGACAUCCGCCGGCUACGUAGAGGGUGGGGAUCUGCGACCCAGUGUGAUGAGUACCUUUGCCAGGGCGAACUACCAAACUACAUAGCUGAACAAGAAUGAGACAAGGGAGCAACCGAUUCCACGAUUUGGCACAAUGCUAAUGAUCACUAAUAUUCUACAAUUUUUUAGAGGUUAAUGUGUAUAGUUCUGUAAAUUUUGUGUAGCAUAUACCAUAAUGAGAUGCCAAUUGGUUAACAUGGUAGUGGAGCCUAAAUAUUUUGAUUUGGAUGGCUUUGCUUGCUUA